AAUCCAUAGAAAUGCCAGAUAAAGGAAACGAGGGGCAGUUUCAGGAAGUUAGCUAACUUGUGAUUUAAGACAAAGCCCCUGUACUGUACACUUUGAAUACAUUUGCCCUUUCGGUUCUCUAGCAAGUGAGAAGACAGCUUUGAGAGGCUGCAUUGAGCACUAGACAAUGUCCCAGACCGUGAUCAUCCAGCAACCUGGCUCCGUGGGAUCUGCUGUCAUGUCCCCAACGGGUGACUGGAGCACCGGGAGGUACGAAUGUUGUGCAGACUGUGCAACAUGCUGUUUAGGUACGUUUUGCCCAGCACUUCUGGCAUGUUUUGUGGCAAACAAGUAUGGAGAGAACUGCUGCCUUGGCAUCACUUUUGGAGGCAUGACGGCGCUGCGAACUCACAUGCGUCUCUCUUACGGCAUCCAGGGAACCAUCUGCAGGGACGUACUGGCGAUGUGCUUUUGUGGCCCUUGUGAGGUAUGCAGAAUGGCUCGUGAAAUGAACAUCCGCUCUCCACACUAAAGGCCCGGCCCGAGCGGCGGACCCGGCGGGGGCGGGGCGGGGCGGGGGGGCCAAUAAAGCUGUUACCGACC